UUCUUCCAAAGAGUUGUAUAAAAAUACAGAACUUCAUGUAGGCUGUUACAGUAUCGAGCGACAUCGAACCAAAAUGGCAAAAAUCGUCCUCUUCUUCUGCGCCAUCAUUUUGGCUUCAGCAGCUGCUUUACCAACCCAAUCAGCUGACGGAGGUGUUGUCGACAUCAUCAAAAAGGUCGUGCACAAGCUUGAAGACAUAAUGGAAAAGGUUUUUACUGAAGGUCCCAAUUUCAUCGACACUUUCCCUGACAAGUAUGACGACCGCCUUACUAAAGUGCUAGAUGUUACAAGGACCGUGCUUACUAAAAUCGCUCAAGCACUUAAAGUUGUUAUAGAUAAAGUUGCUGAACAAAGUAAUGAUGCUGGAAAGAAAUUGGUUUCCUGUGUCGAACAACACGAAGCUGAUCUCGUCAAUAUCCGCGUCGCUCUCGUCGAAGGUGCCGGCAAAUGCGUAAAAGAUAGCGUCGUCGCUUUGGUUAACACUGGCGCACCUUUGCUCAAAGAUCUAACUGAAAUCCAUAAGCAAGCAAGAGACGCCGCCGAAGAAAUUGACAAUUGUGAAGGAGAUAAUGCAGCUGGUUUGCUCUGCGUUUUUCAGGUCGCCAUGGAUAUUCUCAAAGUUGACCUUCAGAUUCCCGAUGCUGUGAAAGGUGAUAUCCAACCCGUCAUUGAUGCCGGUAAAGCCCUUCAUACAGCAGGCAAAAAGUGCAUCCACGAUCAAGUACCCGCCUUCUAUGCUAACACUGGAAAACUUUUGGGUGAAAUUGCUACAUGUGCUGCUGCCUAAAUUAUUAGAAGAUGUUAUGACCUUUUGCAAAAAAAUAAAAAAAAUUUAACAUA